AGAAGCCCCACAUGGUCCAUACUUGGGUUAUUUUCACACACAAGCAAUUACAACACAGAGGCAGAAGAAGCAAAGAGUGAGAAGUGAAGAGUGAAGAAGAGUGAAGAAUUGAAGAGAAAAUGGGUGCUGAUUGGGGACCAGUUAUUGUUGCUGUGGCCUUAUUCAUCCUCUUAUCUCCGGGUUUGUUGUUCCAAUUUCCCUCAAAGUAUAGGGUGGUUGAGUUUGGAAACAUGAGCACUAGUGGGAUUGCAAUUUUGGUUCAUGCCAUCAUUUUCUUCUGCAUACUUACCAUCUUGGUUGUAGCAAUAGGCAUUCACAUACACAUCAAUUGAAUCCUAUGUUCACCUUAUAAGUCACCACAAAUCUCCAUAUGUACGUUUACAAUUACUUUUCUUUUUAGCUCCUUUGAUGUAUUAAUUUCCCUUUUAAAGUUUUUCAUCUUGGUUUUCUUCUGGGGUACUGUGUACCAAAAAUUGUUCAAAAUGGAAAAAGAGAUAUAAAACUAUAGGAAUUAUGUCUUUUGUUACUUCUUAA